CUGAUAACGCUUCCUCAUCCUCGCGUGGACGCGACCCCACCACCUUGGAGCGUAGACCCUCCUUCUCUCAGCAGCACGCUGGCUCCACGGUUCAGCGACGAUUCGGUAGACCGACCGCACUCUCUCUCUCAGUUUUGAUGUUUGCAUAAACAAGUCGCUGUUGUGCUAGUACUGUUGCCGCUUCAGUAAAAAACGAGGAAUAAUUCGAGGGAUAAAUUAGCGGGCACCAUUAGAAUCAUCGACCGCUCCUGCCAGGAAUCAGUUCUAGGCUGGGCCGAUCCGUGCGAGGCAGAUCCUGAACCCGCAACCUGCGGUUGGAGUGUCGUGCUGCCUCCUCCUCCCCCAAGGCAUGCUUGUUUCCCCUUCUUUACGUUUUUGAUGUUUUGAUCAAGACCUGGGGAUUCUCUUGUAAUGGCCGAGUGCUCCUUGGCAACAAUGGGAGGCCAGUAUCGUGGGGGAUGGACCCAAUCCAGCGGCAAGCUCUCCCCACGAAACAUAUCAAUCAGGAUGUCAAAGAGGAACUACAUUCAUAAAAUUCCCCUUCCAUGUCUGCCCAAAUUUAAUUCAGCGAAACAGCGGAAAAGCUGUGCAUUUACCUCUUAUAAGUUUCAUGGAAGGGGUUACAAGCUGGAGACUCAAGUUAGAUGUUAUUUCUUUCAGUCAAUGAUGGGUUCAGAGAGUGUGAUCUCACCAAAUCUAAUGUUGCUCUCCGAUGAAGCGCUUCUGACUAUCAGCGUAGUUUUUGCAUAUUUGGCUGGGGUUGCACCCUCUCGACCUACAAUACCCCGCACCCGAAAUCCCAGCGCCAAUCAACAUCUUACAGCACCAAUCUCCUCUGAUUCUGGUAGGAAUGGAAAACGUUUGCUUGACAAGAGUACAGCGUCUGACCCCAAUGAUACAUGGAAUGAAGUGAGGGCUAAACUUUCUGAAGCCUUAGAAGCAAAUGGUCAAGAUACCAGUUCUGAUAGCAGAGAUGAAGGACUAAAAAAUGAUAGGAAAAACUAUCCUUUGAGUAUGCUUGCAAUUCAUGGAGGUCCCAGGUUGCGGCUUCUUCUGAUCACAUUUCAACAUCUUGAAAUGGAGGCAAGAAAUGUCUCUGGAAGUUUUCAACUUCUAGAUGGGAUCAGGUGGUCGGAAGUGUCAGUUAUGUUGAUAGAUAGCUUGAUUGAACCAGCAUUUAUGAAAUGGAUCGAAGAAGAGCAAGCCCUGGAAAAUGGCAAGAUCGAUGAGAAGCUUAUGAUGGUGAUUAGUAGAAAAAUAAAGGAAGACAAUGGGAUCUUGAAGAGAUUCAACAGAUUAGGGAAAGUUGAGCUCUAUUUGGACCUGCUCUUUUUCAUAAGAUUUGGUUCUGCAAGGUCUGAUAGCUAUUUUGAUACUAAAUUUCUGGCUGAAAAUGGAGCAAGGAUUUUGGAGGACCUGGUAAUUUUCUUGGCUGAUGUGAUUGCUAGUAUUUAUCUAGAGAUCAUGUCAGUUGAUGGUGACAUGCCUACUGAGGUUGUUGGCUCCAGCUUAGCUUUAUGUUCUCUAUCGACAAGAGAACUUCAAAAGCAGCGUAAUGAGGUGGCAAUUAACGGGUGGUUGCACCAGUAUUUCGAGUCAGUUGUUUCAAUGUACGAGGACAGGUUUGAGUUAUAUGUUCUAUGCAGAAGAUCAUGCAAGAACACAGCAGAUAAUCGACCUGAUAAAACUAAUUGGUUGACCAUUGCAUUUCGAAAUCCUUCCACAUCUACUCACCUGGAUUAUGUUUGCAUAAGCCCAUUUUCUCUUCCUGUGAGAAGGACAAAGGAGCUAAGAGCACUGACUGGAUGGAGGUAUUACUACAGCCUUUUCUUGGAGUUGUCGGAUAUUGCAAUGCCUUUUGCACGGGCAGUCGUGGCUAGAGUCAGCGCUGCGGUGUCCUACUUCUGGGUGUCCAUGAUAGGGAGAUCUCUGGGACUGAUUUUUUCUGGGAUAAGGCAAUCGCUGGGCUGGAAAUGAAGUAGUGUUUCUUCAGCUUUCAUUUUGACAAAUUCAGUAUUGUCACCUGUUACUCUCAAAGAUGAUUGUCUUGUGCUCUUUAUUGUAGUGUUUCAUUGCGGGUUAUGUAUAAGGAGAUUAUUUAAUUUGUUACCAUCCUAAUCUUACCAACUCAAA